AUGGCCUAUGACUGCUUUGUGGCCAUUUGCCACCCCCUCCACUACACGGUCAUCAUGAACCCCCAACUCUGUGCAAUUCUGGUUCUGGUUAGCUGGAUCAUCAGUGUCCUGCAUUCCUCGUUACAAACCUUAAUGACCUUAAGGCUAUCCUUGUGUAGAGAGGUGGAAAUCCCUCACUAUUACUGUGAACUCAAGUUGUUGAUCCAACUUGCCUGUUCUGACAACUUUCUUAAUGACAUGGUGAUGUUUUUUGCAGCUGCUCUGCUAGGUGCUGGUCCCUUUGUUGGUAUCUUUUAUUCAUACUCUAAGAUAGUUUCUGCAAUACAUAGAAUUUCAUCAGCUCAGGGGAAGUAUAAAGCAUUUUCCACCUGUGCAUCAUGCCUCUCAGUUGUCUCCUUAUUUUAUUUUACAGGCUUAGGUGUAUACCUUAGCUCUGCAGCUACUCAUAGUGCACACUCAAGUGCAAUUACCUCAGUGAUGUACACUGUGGUC